GUAUUAGUAAACCCUGAAGGGGUCGGGUUGACAGUAGCUUUCUUUGUAUUUCAUUUCAGGGUUCAUUUUUUACCCCUUUCGAGCUCUCAGGUUUGCCUGGAAACAAAUUGGAGAGCCAAAACUAUGGCAGAAAUUGUCAAGAAGGAAGCGGAAGAGGGAAAUUUUAACAGAACGGCACCUUAUGGUGAGGAGAAUGACAAAUCUGUUGCAGAAGAAGACGUGACACUGGCUCAAUUAUCUCUCACUCCUUCUAGUCCCAGGCCUAGGCCUCUUGCCUCCUGCUCUUCGGGCUUGGAGAAAACUGAAAAACGUGUUAAGGUCAAGAGAAGGUAUUCAGAUUCGAAAAUUAAGCAUGCAAUAACAAGUCAUGCAGGGAAAUGCAUAUGCUGUGGGCAAAAUAAGGAUGCUGUUACUAGAAUGUGCACUGCUGGUGAAACAAAGUCACCUGCGAUGAUUCGAGCAGAGGAAGUUCAAUCAAAUCUAGAAUCAACAUUCCCUAGCUUUCUGAAAUCCUUGGUUAGAUCACAUGUUGGCAGUUGUUUUUGGAUGGGGCUUCCUGGACCAUUCUGUAGAGCCCACUUACCGCGUGAGGACGCAACAAUCACAUUGGAAGAUGAAUGUGGGAAAGGAUUCAGGAUGAAAUACAUUGCAUAUAAGACUGGAUUGAGUGCUGGUUGGAGGCAGUUUUCGGUUGCACACCAGUUGCUUGAGGGAGAUGCGUUGGUCUUUCAAUUAAUUGAACCUUGCAAGUUUAAGGUUUACAUAAUAAGGGCAAAUGAUUUGACUGAAGUGGAUGGUGCUCUAGGUUUACUAACUUUGGAUCCUCAAAUAAAACAAAAGGAUGCAGAAACAGAUGAUGCAGAAAUGCCCUUCAUACAUUGUAAAGUUUCAAAGAGGAAACGUCAUAGGUCGCUUCCUUUAGCUGUUGUCCAAAAGAAACAUAAGAAGUCUGGACGUUCAAGGUUGUCGGUUCCUAGGACUGGGCAAAUAGCUGAGCAAUCCGAAAAUGACAGUGAAGAAGUUGCUUCAGAAGUUCUAGAAGGUUUCAAAUUAUCCUUGCCUGCCAUUCAAUUUGACGAUGUCAAAAGCUUUGAGAAUUUCAACAUUGUGGUUGAUGGGUUAGUUCUAGAUUCUGAGUUGUCAGAGGACAUUCGAAGGAAGUACUACAAGCUCUGCUGCAGUCAGAAUGCCUUCCUUCAUGCGAAUCUUAUCAAGGGCAUUAAUUUUAAGUUAAUUGCAGGAAUCAUUUCUGAAACUGUCAACAUUUCUGAUGCCAUUAGAGCUUGCAACCUUACUACGUCACAUGAUGAAUUUGAUACGUGGGACAAGACUCUGAAAGCCUCGGAGCAUUUUGGCAUGAGUGUUGGAUUUUUACUAGCCAAGCUGAGGCGACUUGUAUGCCUCGCCUUCGAUUCAGAAGGUGCCACAAAAACUAGGAGGUACUUGGAAGCUAAAACUGAAAAAGUGCAUACAGAAGAUGAGAUAAGAAAUCUUGAAGCAAGACUUGUGGAAUUGAAAGCAGCGUAUGAAAAGUGUGGCGCUGAUAUUGAGAGUCUGAAGUCAAAAGCUGAAAGCUAUGAGGUCAAGUUCCAGGAAGAGGUUCAUGCUCCAUGGUGAUGUACCUUUUAUGGUGUACGGUUAAUGUAUUUUCUGUAUUUGGUAUGGCUUGUUCUUUAAAUUCAUAGACAAGGCGGCAAAUUGGGAUUUGUAUGCAUGAAUGGCAUGAUUGCUUGAUGAUACACUACACUGUUGUAACAUUCUGUGAGGAUUUAGGACUUAUUAUAUAGACAAUGCUAUGACAUUCUUGGAUAUUUUACUUAUUGGAGACUUUUAGAGCUUUGGGAGGA